UCCUCUCGACCAACUUCAAAACAUAUGUGUUCGUUAUGCCGGCAAAUCAGUAAACAAAACAAACACCGCAAGUUUGGAAAAUCUGCUAGUCGAGCAAUUGUUUGGGAUUUUCGAAUUACAAGUUAAUUUACAACCUAGAUUUUUCGUGAUGUCUGUCACGCUGCACACGGAUGUUGGAGAUAUGAAAAUAGAACUGCAGUGCGAAAAGUGCCCGAAAUCAUGUGAAAACUUUUUGGCCCUUUGUGCAAGCGACUAUUUCGUUGGCUGCACCUUCCACAGAAACAUCAAAGGAUUCAUAGUGCAAACUGGAGAUCCGGACAACACGGGCAAAGGUGGACAGUCGAUUUGGGGCAGGAAAUUCGAAGACGAAUUCUGUGAAGACUUGAAGCACGAUGCGAGAGGCACAGUUUCAAUGGCCAACAGUGGUCCAGAUUCAAACGCCAGCCAGUUUUUCAUUGCUUAUGGACCGCAGCCGAGUUUGGACCUCAAAUACACCCUCUUUGGAAAAGUGAUCGAUGGAAUCGACGCACUGGACGAGCUGGAGAAAAUGAAUGUCAACGCGAAAAACUACCGCCCCCUCACCGAAACUAGAAUCAACAAAAUCACAAUUCAUGCAAACCCACUAGCUGGGUAGUGCGCAAUUUGUCUUACUCAAUAAAUUAAUAUUAUUUUUCUCA